GUCUGGAGGAGUCCUAGUGCACGGAGGACCCAACGCUUCUUUUAUCCUGAUCGCUGUGUAUGCCGGGAGGAGGUUUCCAAGCAGAAACUGCCCCUUCUUGGAGCCAGUGGCCCUUCAGGAGACCUGCAGAUGCCAUUAUCCCCUAUAAGGAAAUCCUCCAGAUGUACUGGGAGAAAGCAACAAGCUUCGUGAAUGCCUGGUGCGAUGGACUCGAACCCUGGCAGUUGAUGGCACUGACGUUUGCUUCUACUCUUACUGCUGUAUGGCUGCAUGGUUUCCUCUUCCAGUCUGAGAGUUUAACAUCCCGAACUAAAAAACAGUUCUUUAAACUCUUGAGGAAGAUGCCUUUUGUCGGGGCCAUAAUUCAAAAGAAGAUUGAUGAAGCCUUGAAUGAUGUCACCUCCAGUUUAUCCUUCCUGAAAGAUGAAAAGGAUUAUAUCAAAGUGCUGCCGGAGCAAGGCAUGAGCCAGGCUGAAGUGCUAGAGAAGAUGAAAGAGUACAGUUCAAAAGGAGAUGUACGCUGGGAGGAUGGGAAAGUCUCAGGGACUGUGUACAGUGGUGAAGAGAAGCUCACUCGUCUACUAGUCAAGGUGUACGAGGAGUUUGCCUGGAGUAACCCUCUCCAUCCGGAUAUAUUCCCAGGUUUGAGGAAAAUGGAAGCGGAAGUAGUGAGGAUAGCCUGUGCGCUCUUCAAUGGGGGCCCCAACUCGUGUGGUGCUAUGACGUCUGGGGGGACCGAGAGCAUUCUGAUGGCCUGCAAGGCGUACCGAGACUUGGCGUACGAGAGGGGAGUCAAACAUCCAGAAAUGUUGGUCCCGAAGAGCGCUCAUGCAGCGUUUGACAAAGCAGCACACUACUUUGGGCUGAAGAUCAUUCACGUCCCGUUGACCAAGAAUAUGGAAGUGGACGUUCAGGCAAUGAGGAGAGCUAUUUCGAAGAACACCGCUGUGUUGGUCUGUUCUGCUCCCCAGUUCCCGCAUGGAGUUAUGGACCCCAUUGAAGAGGUGGCCAAGCUUGCAGUGGAGUACAAAAUCCCCUUCCACGUGGACGCCUGCCUGGGUGGUUUUCUCAUUGCUUUCAUGGAGAAGGCAGGGUUCCCUCUAAAGCGUCCCUUUGACUUCCGCGUGAAAGGUGUGACCAGCAUUUCUGCUGAUACCCACAAGUACGGCUACGCUCCCAAGGGUUCCUCUGUGGUGCUGUACAGCGACAAGAAGUACAGGAGCUACCAGUUCUUCGUAGCGCCCGACUGGCAAGGGGGCAUAUACGCCUCCCCCACCAUGGCGGGCUCCCGGGCUGGUGGGAUCAUCGCCGCGUGCUGGGCGACGCUGAUGCACAUGGGGGAGUCUGGCUACGUUGAGGCGACGAAAAGGAUCAUUAAAACGGCUCGCUUCCUCGAAUCGGAGUUGAGAAAAAUUGACAGCAUCUUCAUUUUUGGGAAACCUGAGGUGUCUGUCCUCUCCAUCGGUUCGGACGUUUUUGACAUUUAUCGAUUAUCUAAUUUGCUAGCUGCGAAAGGAUGGAAUUUGAAUGUCCUGCAGUUCCCAUCAAGCAUUCACCUUUGCAUUACGCAGUUGCACACGAAGCCGGGCGUCGCCGAACAGUUCUUGAAAGAUGUCAAAGACAGCGUUGGCGAGAUCAUGAAGGAUGUCAAUGCCAAGACCACAGGCAUGGGAGCCAUCUAUGGAAUGGCCCAGUCCAUUCCGGACCGGAGCUUGGUAGCGGAGAUUUCUCAGGCGUACCUGGACGGCCUCUACAGCACGGAUGUUCCUUGCAGCGAAAAGCACAUGAACGGCUCUCCCGGCCACCGCUGACUGCAGUGCUGCAAUCGGUGUCUUUCCAGCAAGCACUGGGGUGGCUCUAAAGGUGUUCUGAGGAAGAGAUUGCAGUAAGCCUUAGUUCCCACAAGUGCAGAUCCGAAGGCAGCUUGGUCUUGGAAACUUCCUUCCCCACCUGUGUCUGCUCUGAAAUCUGCGUUAUUUUCGUGCCCAACUUUAAUUGUGGGGCUUUUCUUCCCUUCCCCCUGCCCGUUUUCAUCAGGAUUACUGAUGGUGAAAUGAAUGUCCAUUCCACAACUCCCAAAUUCCUCAGGUAUCCUAAAUGUCACUUAAUUCCUCACUGUUUCUUCUCCUCAGACCUUGUAUUUGGCCAAUGUCUAGCCAAGGGAUAUAUUCCAGUUCUGAUGAUGUUUUCCAAAGCUUCGAGCUUCCCAGGAGUUGAAGGUAGAAAAUAAAUUGAAAGUUUUGUUUUCUUCUGAGUGUUCCUGCAAGCUAAUGCAUUUAACAGACUGUGCUAGGAGCCUUGUAUCAGUGUAAUGCAGGGUUGAUAAAUUGGCAAAGGAAAGAUGGUCACAUACUCUUCAAAAUUCCCUCCUGGAGGUCUCAGACUGCAAUCGAUAUCUGUUAGAGGAGAGGGGGGAAAAAAAAAAACCUGCCAAAUCCUCUUCUGGAAUCUCUUAUUUGAAUAGCAACAGAAAUAGAAACCAAGUGGGUGGUGCAGGAGAGGAGCUGGAUGGUACUCCGAAUUGUAGAUACGUGGUAUCUGUUUUGCUUCCCUGCCUCUUGCAGAACACCUGUGUUUGCCACCUAGAUUGCUGUUGUACUGUGCACAGUUCUGGAGGGAUGUGCAAAACGGUGAUUUCACUGAUGGUAACUUGAAGGUUUUGCGCUAUCUCACAAUGCUGUAGUGGAGUCAGUCGAGCCCUGGUGUGUGUUAUGGCUACGGGCUUGUAUGCAAACGUAUGGCACCAAAGUUGACUUUUUUUUUUUACCAUAAUCUUUUAGUAUGAAAAGGUGACUUUUGUAAUAGAAAGUAGCAAUCUCUGUCUGCUCUUUGCACUGAUUCCUUUAGGGCACAUUCUCAAAAGGGCAUUCACCAUGGUGCCUUGACGCUUCCCUGGCUUUUUGUGGGACGCCAGGGAGAGUUUGAGGGCUCAGCUCUCGACUGCAACGCUCGCUGCAGUCAUUUCCAUACGGUACUAUAUUGAAAAAACCUCAAGGGCAGACUGACCUUAGGUGAAGUAUGCUUGCCCAUAAGGUAGGAUAGUAGUUGUAUUGAGCCAAGUCCCUUCACCGCGUUACAGAGAUGCUGGUAUAGUGCUGAAAGGCUGAGUGAUAGGGUGCACCAAGUUGAGGGUAUUUGAGCCUUGGCUGCAUGGCCCCCCACCCUUCCUAUUUUUCUCCACUAUUUUUACCGUGAGAGAGUUUUACCAGCGCAACUUGUGAGGCAGUGGCGGCCUUAAGGACAAACCAGAAUCACUUGAGUUGUGGAACGGUGGUGGGGUUAUUCCUGCAGGGCUUUCCCGUGCGUUUCUUCCCAGCUUUUUUUGCGUGCUACGGAGAGUUUCACGGGCCGGGUUGCCCAAGGGAUGGGAUUGCUGUGCAACGCUUGGGGGAAGACUGCACGCCAGGAGUGCGCGGUCCUGUGCGGGACAUCUGAAGGCAUCUCUCUGCGGUACUGGACUGGUUAUCCCUAAACUGACCCUCACUGGCUUAACAUAGCUGAAGCACCCACUUGCACGAUAAUUAGACUGAAUGAGAGGGUUACUUAGCCACUGCAAAAACAAGCAUAGCCUUGGCCCAAUGUCUGUGAGGAGGAGUAUUUGCUUUUUAACAGGUUUGUUCUUCGUUGCCGUGAGACGUUGUAUUUUGGCAAUGUUAAACGGAUGACAGUAUGCAUGUCUCUGAGCCCUUUUGAAAGCAGCGCAUUUAAGUUGCCUGAUGCUCUCUUGAUGGUGGUGUGGGCUCUGGAGGUCAGCAUUUGUGUUGGAGCUGUUUAUUCUGUUAACAUCUUGCCAAUGUGACUAUUAAGUGCAUCUCUCAAGAGUUUUCUGUGCUUUGGAGAGUGAGUCUUCAGUAUCUGGCUGCUGUGAUGGUUGUCCUUGAGCCACGAUUUGGAAAACAAAGAAGGGAAGUACUCUGUUUCUGCUUUAAAAGAAGUGGGGACAGAUUGGGGUAGGGGUGAGGAAAUGCCUUCCCCUUCCCCACUUGUGUUCUCCUCCAAGGAAGUAGAUGGAUCUAAGGGAUCAGUACUCCCUUUCACUUUUUUGGAUGUAUUUGAAGAUGUUAUUUGUAAGUCAAUGUACUCUGUUCUGGGUAUUUGAAGAUGUUAUUUGUAAGUCAAUGUACUCCAUUCUGGGCUUCACGAACUGCUAGUAAUAUCUGUGGGUUUAAUUGUUUUAUGUGUUUUUGUUUUAUACUGUAAAUGUAAUCUUCUUGUGGUCAGGAGAAAGAGCACUGUCAUCUA